CACACACACACACACUCACACACACACACACACACACACACACACACACACACACACACACACACACACACACACACACACACACGCACACUUCCUCUCGCCAGCGAAAGGAAAAGGGGCGAACGAAUGCCAGACACAGAAGCUCUCUAUUGGUCAGUGUGAGGUCAGCUGUUCUCUACCUCCCCCGUAACAUCCCUCGUCACCCCAUCCCGUCCUCUGCACGCACACACACACACACACAAACACGCUCUCUCUCUCUCUCUGUCUCUCUCUGUCUCUCUCGCUCUCUCGCUCUGUCCCACACUGGCACUCAGCCACCCAGAUACACCCCCACCCCACCCCCCCCCUGUCGUCUCACCCUCAGCCUCCUCACCCCCUCCUCCCGAUCUGUGAUAAACUAAGUGAUAGCAGCAGCCCGUCGGACUGUCGGCUAUAAAACACAACAAAUCAUAAAGUGCAGGCAGGGGAAGGCAGAAGCAGGAGGAAGGGAGGGAGAACCGUUAGCCUUUAGCAGUUAGCCUACUCCUCCUUCUUCUGCUCCUUCAGCGCGUCAACGUUGUUGUUGUGUUUGUUUCGUUGCCUCCCGUCCUCCCCUCUCCUCUUCGUCUCCUCUUCUUCUCCUCUUCUCCUCUUUUUCACCUCCUUUCUCUCGUCUCCUGCACUUUCUCCCGAUGAGCUCCUAUUUUGUCAACUCCUCUUUCCCGGUGACGCUACCGGGGACGGGUGGAGGCGCACAGUCGGCGGAGUCGUUCCUUGGUCAGAUCCCGCUCUACUCGUCGGGAUACGCCGCGGACCACCCGCUCAGACACUACCCGGGCGCCGCGGCCGUCACCGCAGCCGCGGCGGUGGCUUACGGCGCGAGCGGCGGCGUUCACCAGGAGAAAGCGUACCAGGCGUCCAGCUACUACCAGCAGGCGGCCAGCGGAGUGUAUGGCGGGCACCGGGCGGCGGCGGCGGUGGGGGUCGGAGUAGGGGGUGCGACCGGAGCCGGUGGCUGCGACUACGCCACGGCGGCUGCGGCGGCUGCGGCUGCCGCGGCGGCCACGAGCUUCUACCGGGACAAGGAGCAUCAGUGCAGCCUGGAGGAGCACCAGCUCGCGCUGAGCCAGGAGGGCAUGCACCGUAAAGCGGAGUGCGCGGGGCUGAGUGGGAAGGGGCUGUUCGGUGAAACGAUGGACGACAAGCACGCGGCGUCAACCCCAAUUUAUCCGUGGAUGCAGCGGAUGAACGCGUGCAACGGGACCUUCGGUAGCCCCGGCAGGCGCGGCCGGCAGACGUACACCCGCUACCAGACCCUGGAGCUGGAGAAGGAGUUCCACUACAACCGGUACCUGACGCGGCGGCGGCGCAUCGAGAUCGCGCACGCGCUCUGUCUCACGGAGCGGCAGAUCAAGAUCUGGUUCCAGAACCGGAGGAUGAAGUGGAAGAAGGAGAACAAGCUGAUCAACUCCAACUCCUCUUCCUCCUCCUCGUCCUCUUCCUCCACGGUGAACGGGGCCGAAGAAGAGGAGAAACGGACGGAAUGAAA